CUUGAAACAGCACAGGGACUGCAGUGUCCAUAGAGAGAGGGUGAGGAGGGGGAAACUGACCAACACAGAAGAGUGAGAGAGAAGGGACAUCAGACAAGACGCACAAUGGCACAAACCAGUACCUUGCCCUGUUCCAUUCGUCCAUACAGACCCACAGAUAAGGCAUCGGUGGUCUCACUGUUUCGUUUUGGGGUGAUGGAGCAUGUUUAUCCGGCCUUCUUCAAGGCCAUGAGUGAUCCGGACCACAUUGGUGUGGCCCUCAGCAUCUGUAUGGCUGGCUAUGUGCUGGGUGGGAGCUCUUACUUUCAGGCACUGUUAUUUGGUGGUGCCUGGGCUGGCUUGGUGUACUACUGUUGCAAUGAGAUCUACCAGGGCUACCUCAACAGGAAGUUGGCUGGAGAAAUGGAUGACGUGCAAGCUCACUUCCUGGACAACCCAAGUAACAACUUCUGGGUGGCAGAGAUGGACGUUAACGGCACAUCGAAGAUCGCCGGGGCGGUGGCCGUGCUGGCACAUAAGGGAGGGGACGACGCAGACGGCAGGAGGAGCAACAGCUGGAAUGGAGGUACCAUGGCAACUGAUGACGGAGAUGGAAGCUACGGGGAGGUGUUCCAGCUGGCGGUCUCCUUCCCACUGCGGCGCAAAGGUCUCGGCUCCCAGCUGCUUCAGACUGCUAUCCACUUCUGUAAAGAGCAAGGCCUGUCCAGCAUCGUCCUGGAGACCAGCUCUCCUCAGGCUGCAGCGCUUGCCCUCUCCAAGAAGAUGGGCUUUGUCCAGACCUCCAGCCACAGCAAAACACACUCAAACCGCUGGAUGGCUAAACUAGCACGCAUCAAUGUGUUGCGCAUGGAGAAGGUCAUCUGAAAACAGAAACACACUCUUUAACUCUCAGAUCACAGGACAAUUAUCCCACUAAAAAUCUAAUUCUCACACAUACAAACAUCACCACCACAAACCAAGUCCUUCAUCUGGCCAAAUUGUGGGAGAAAUUCAAGAUUGCAAAGAUAACUACAAAGGUCUGGUUGGGUUUAUGUCUGAAAUUUUAUUUAAAACUAGCCUUCAUUAAAACCUCAAAAGUCCACUUUGAGAUAGAGUGGGCUGGAUUUGGCACUGAAAUUUAUAAAUAUGUGUAAUAAACCAUAAAACCAUCA